CUUCAUCUUUCCGAAAAUUCGCAAUUAAACAAAGUUUUCCGGUGUAAAAAUGGGGUUUCCCCUGAUACAAACCCUUGCAAGAAAGUACACACAUUAAGACUAAUCACAUUCUGUUAGUGUUCCGGUGUUAUUGCCGGUAUCUUCAUCAUAAUCAUGAGUCACCGAUCGAGACAUUCCGGUUCGCGAAGUUCCAGCCGUCGUUCGAAAUCGCGUAGUCCACCAGCCGGAUCUCGCGACCCCAAACCAGUCUGCAGUCAAGCGGAGCAGACGAAUCUGAUUCAUUUCUCCUUUCUGGAUCACAAAACGGAGCUGAAUCGGGUGCUGCGCGGGUACUGUGUGCGCGAUCAGCUAGUGGACGAUGUUGGCGAUUUCUGGCUGUUUGUGAACAAGUAUGAGGCGUUGCUAAAACGUACCGGACAACCGAUCCUUCCCGAUCCGCCGACCACCACGGCUCCCGAAGGCAGCAAGCGUGAACACUGUCCGACCGGGACGAUUCCUGCCGAAUACAGUAAAGCGCUCGGGUGCUGCAUAUCGCUUCGAGUACCGUUCGAAGAACUGUUUGCCCGGUUAGGAGGCGCCGGUUCCGGUGUCAUAACGCGCACCAAACUGAUCCAGCUGCUGCAGAUCGUAACGCACUAUCUAGACUUCCGGCAGCGGGAAAAGUUUAACAAGCUGCGCAAACUACGCCAGGCUCAGGCGAAUCUACCGGUCGCCAAACAUCGGGAGGAAAUUGUGGAAGCUGUGCGUAGCGAGCGUGUCGUAGUGCUGGCAGGCGAUACCGGGUGUGGUAAAUCUACGCAGGUACCACAGUAUCUGUACCGGGCCGGGUAUGAAGGAAUUGCCUGCACGCAGCCGCGCCGUAUCGCGUGCAUUUCGCUGUCGAAGCGAGUGGCACACGAACUGUUGGCCGAGUAUCGCACCGAGGUCGGCUACCAGAUCCGGUUCGAGCGUAGCAAGAACACCAACACGAAGAUAUUGUUCAUUACGGAAGGAUUGCUGCUGCGGCAGCUGGCAAGCGCGGACAAUCUCGAACAGUACUCGGUCAUUAUACUGGAUGAGGUGCAUGAGCGCCAUCUGCACGGGGAUUUUCUGCUCGGAAUCGCCAAGUGUCUGAUCCGGGCACGGCCCGAUCUGAAGCUGGUGCUCAUGUCGGCUACGAUCAACAUCAAGCUGUUCGCGGACUAUUUCUCCGAGGAGGAGGCCCGCAUCAUCGAGGUGCCGGGACGGCUGUUCCCGAUCAAGCUACACUACAUGCCCCAGCUGCAGGAUGUACCGGUCGGGGCAGCGGGCAGUUCCGGCAAGCGCACCCAAAGCGAUCGUCUCAGUCCGGAACCGUACAUACAGAUACUGCAGCUAAUCGACCAAAAGUAUCCACCGACGGAGAAAGGUGACGUGCUGGUGUUUCUUAGCGGUUUGAACGAAAUAACGGCGAUCGUGGAUGCUGCCCGCGAGUACAACGAGAAGAACAAGAACUGGAUCAUUCUGCCACUGCACAGUACCCUGUCGAUCGCCGAGCAGGACAAGGUGUUCGAUUACGCACCGGACGGUAUGCGCAAGUGCAUCGUGUCGACCAACAUUGCCGAAACGUCGGUCACGAUCGACGGCAUCCGGUUCGUGGUGGACAGUGGGAAGGUGAAGGAGAUGAGCUACGAUCCCACCACGAAGAUGCAGCGGUUGAAGGAGUUCUGGAUAUCGAAAGCAUCUGCCGAGCAGCGAAAGGGCCGCGCUGGACGUACCGGGCCAGGCAUUUGCUAUCGUUUGUACGCGGAGAAACAGUUUUACGAUUUCGAUGCGUACAGCACGGCGGAGAUACUGAAGGUGCCGCUAGAGUCGCUGUUGCUGCAGAUGAUAUCGAUGGGCCUGCCGAAUGCGCGGCUGUUUCCUUUUGUCGAACCACCGCCGAUGGAUAAUGUGGAGAACGCGAUCGUUAGUCUGAAGGAGGCGGAAGCACUGACGGAGGAUGAAAAGCUAACGGCCCUCGGUAAAGCGCUGGCCAAGAUUCCCGUCGACAUCGGUAUCGGGAAGAUGCUGCUGAUGGGUUGCGUGUUUCAGCAGCUGCAACCUGUGCUAACGCUGGCCGCAGCACUAAGCGUACAGUCGCCGUUCACCAAUCGAGCGUACCGUGAUCCGGAGUGUGAGAGAGCACGCAAAUCGCUCGAGUCCGACCAUGGCGAUCCGAUCACGUUGCUAAACGCUUACAAGGAAUGGUUGGAGAUAAAGCAACACCGGACGGACUAUGGGCGUCGUGACGAUGGUGAUCGGCGCAGUGAAAGCUCCAAGGUGUGGUGCCGUCGUCGAGGUCUGGAAGAGCAACGGUUCUACGAAAUCACCAAGCUGCGCAAUCAGUUCCAGGAUCUGCUGCAGGACUGCGGCCUGAUGGAGGCCCAGAACACCGAUCAUCUGUCCAGUGCGGAGCGUGCGAUUCGUAACGGUGAACUACGCCAGCUGAAGGAACUACGGAAAGCGCAUCGGAUGGAAGCACCACGCAAGCGCAAGCUGCUCAAAUCGGAUCCUUGGGGAUUGGGCGAGGAUGGCGAUGAGGACGCGGACGACGGGAAGGUGGACAUAAGGGAUGUAGAGUUUCGAUUGAGUCACGAUUCCUCAAAACUGCAGCAUCUGGUUUCGGGCGCCACGGCUUGCAGCUAUAGAGAUCUGAUGACGCUGAAGUUAAUACUGGUCAGUGGGCUCUAUCCUCAGGUGGCAAUUGCUGACGAGUUCAACUACUGCAAGAGCCUAUCGGAACAAUUCUUUCACACCCGCGCCAAACCGUACGUAUCGCUGCAUCCGAUGAGCUUUUUCGGCAACAAUGCGCAACUGCUGCAGCUGACGGACGCUGAGAUAGAGGAGAAACCACCCACAUACAAAUCGCGCCAGCCGCUCAGCUCCCGGCACCAGAUUGUGUGCUACCUGACGCUGCUGGAGACGAACAAAUCCUACCUAACCAACACGCUACGUAUGCCGGCCGCCCAAACAAUGCUGCUGUUUGCACACACGAUCGAAACGAACCUCACCUUCUCGCGGAUCGUUUGUGACACCUGGCUCUGUCUGGACUUCCCGGCACCGGAAAGUGGGCAAGCGUUGCUGCUGAAAGCCACCAAGCUGAGAAGACUCUGGAAUCGGUUGCUGGCGGAAAAGCUAAAAGCUCUCACAGUAACGGCAGACGGUGAGCUAACCAAAGUCGAACGGAACGUCUCGAUCGAGCAGAUGAACCUCGAGCUUUGGUCCAGCCUGGCACAGUACAUGAACACGGAAGUGUGCUACACCAUGAAGAAGCUGCUGCCGGCAGAUCUGAAAUCACUUUACGUUGGACCUACGAUGGCGGAUGACGAUGGUGUGCAGCGAAUGGAGCUGCCCAAUCCUAACCCGUUCGCGGAAGAUUUCCAACCCUUGCACAACGAAACGAAGGGAGGUCUGUUUCUGACCGAAAACAUCACCUACGGCUGUGUCGUCGAGACAGAUUGGAGUAUGCAGAUGCAGGAGCAAAUUCUGGAACAGGACUGGGAAUGUGCCCAUUGUCGGGGAACGUACCGCUUGACCGGAUUGCAGAAGCUUCAACACGCCGUCAUUUGUAAGCCGAUAAAGGACGACGAAGCGAGUGUGCCGAUGCCAGCAGCGAGCGAGAUGAUGGGUUCAUCCAGAGCGCUAAAUGUGGCCCGGUACAAUUGUCCAAACUGUGGUCAGCAGCUAGUGUUGAGCGCAAUCGACGUUCUGAAACACAAGAAGGGUUGCGGGAAGCGCAUUAAGCAGGAACCGCAGGACUAACGAGGGAACAAUAAAGAACAUGCCGUUGCGCGCUGGUGUGUGUCCGUGUAUA